UGUUGAUUUGUAUCAACAUUCCGUCUUCUCUGCGGGUUUGUCCUGAUCCUCGUAGAGGUCCCAGUUUCUUCUCCAUUUUGGACAAAGUUUUCGAAUCCCAUAGGCAGCUUGAUUCAUCACCGGUUCUCGCCCCGUUUUUGUCUCGGAACCGUAGAUCCGGUUGAAGAGUCUGAGCAACUUUUGAAGCAUACUCGAAACGCUCGGAGGAUUUAUUUACUUCUUUGUUCGAUUGAUCCAUGAAUCCUAGAAGGGAGAAUCGCGGGGCCAGAAGUUCCGUCUUUGAUGGCAUCGAAGAGGGUGGGAUCAGGGCUGCGCCGUCUUACUCUCACGAAAUCGAUGAACAUGAGAAUGAACGAGCCUUGGAAGGAUUGCAAGACAGAGUCAAUCUUCUGAAACGGCUAUCUGGUGAUAUAAAUGAAGAGGUGGAAACCCACAACCGCAUGCUUGACAGAAUGGGCAAUGAUAUGGAUUCGUCGAGGGGAAUCCUCUCAGGAACCAUGGAUCGAUUCAAAACGGUGUUUGAGACGAAAUCGAGCAGGCGAAUGUUGACAUUCGUGGCGUCGUUCUUGGCUCUAUUCCUAGUUGUAUACUAUCUUACCCGUUAAUUCUGCAGCGGCAAAAGAACCCUCGUGAUCUUCGUUCAUGCCUGAAGAUGGAUCAUGCUUGUUCACUCGUUGCCCCGGCCCCGACAAGAUAUAUCAUGUCCAUCACGCAAUGGUUAUGCUUUCAGUGUUAUAUUGUGGGUGGUUUACCAAGUGGUUCAUACGAAUGACAGAAACAUAAGACUGGUUAAAGUUCUAUAUAUGAAAAAACAUUACCGUAUCUGUA